GAGGUCCGGUUGUCCACCAUGUUUUUGCCAACGUGAGACGUAAGAACCGGGCAGACAUGGCGGUGGGGAAACUGAGCUUCACCAAGUCGGAGAGAGAGAAGCUCGCCGAGGUGCUCUGGCUGCUCAACUGGAUCUCGGUGCUGACAGGAGCCAUUCUGUUCGGCCUGGGCCUUUUCCUCAAAGUGGAGAUCCAGAAAUGGCAAGAAUUGAUGUCAGAAGGGAUCCUCCACGUGCCACAUAUGCUGAUCACCACCGGCCUGGCAGCCUGCUGCAUCAACUUCUUGGGCGGGAAGAUCUGCCUGGACUGCACCGACACCAACAAGUUUCUUCGCUGGAAGCUGGUGAUGAUGCCAUACAUUGUUUGCACCUUCUUCUUCACCUCCUGCAUCCUCUGGGGGGCGCUCACGUGCUACAGCGUCCGCAGCCAGCUUGAGGAGUCACUGUCGGGGGGCCUGAGAAACGCCAUGCGCUACUACAAGGACACGGACACGCCCGGGCGCUGCUACCUGAAGAAGACCCUGGACCUUCUGCAGAUCCAGUUCCAGUGCUGCGGGAUCUCUGGGUACCGGGACUGGUUCCAUGUCCAGUGGAUCAGCAACCGCUACCUGGACAUGACCAGCAGCAGCGUGGUGGACCGCCUGAGGAGUAAUGUGGAGGGGAAGUACCUGAUGGAUGGCGUUCCCUUCAGCUGCUGCAGUACCUUGUCCCCCCGGCCCUGCAUCCAGCAGAAGGUCAGCGACAGGUCGAUUCACUUCAACUACGACCAGCGGAGCCAGCAGUUGAACCUGUGGAGGAGGGGCUGCCGACAGGCGCUGUUGGACCACUACACAGGCCUCAUGCAGUCCAUUGGCCUCACCGUUCUCCUCAUCUGGCUCUUUGAGCUGCUGGUUCUGACAGGAGUCCGUUACCUGCAGACAACCAUGGAGAAUGUUCUCCACCUGGGCGAUCCUGAGUCAGAGGUUGACGGUUGGAUUCUGGAAAACAGCCUGGCGGAAACAGCCCGUUCCAACUUUAACAUCAUCAAAAACAUGGGAAAGUGUUACCAGGUGGACAAUGACCCGAACAUCAACGUCCCGACUGCCAUUGUCGAGCAGGAGGUGCUGUCCCGCCGUGUCUGUACCCCUGUUACUGGCUAACAUCCAGAGGAGCCAUCGACCUCUAGAAGAUCCGGGACCAAGCUGAACAGGUUCAGAACCUCUAGCUCUGUUGAUGCUUCCUGAGAACUCGUACUCGGGUCUCAACAACAGGAAGCUCUGAGGAGGAUCCGUAAUCGGUUCCUCCCACAUUCAGUAUUCAACGCCUUCAGUUUGUGAAGUUUGUCAAACGUUCGGCAGAUUUGUGGCCUUCUGAUGGAAGUUAUAACAUCUUUGUGUGACUAAGUAUCUCAUGGUUUUUAUGCUGCUAGCACGUUAUGUUUACAGCCUUUCUGCCAGCUCAAGGGUUUACAUGUCAUGUUAGAAGCUCCGUGACCUGGCAUUGGAGCUAAACGCUACAGUUUAGCGUGUUAGAAUGCAAACAUUAGAAUCCGAGCUGAUGAAUGUCCUACUAAAACCUGAUGUGGAUCAAUGACGUUCAUCAUCCUCCUCUGUGAAAGGAUGGUUGGCCUAAAAUAAAAUAAAAACGAGAAACACUGAGAAAUGAAGCCAAAGGACCAAAAAAGGGCAGUUCCUUGAACUAUCCACUAGAUGGUUAUCAUAGAGGUCUAUGGUGAAGGGAACACGUUUACAGUCUCCUCCUAAACAUGGUCCCUGAAGCUAACACACCUCUUCACAACAACUAAAGGGCUGAUUAUCUUAAUUGAGGCUUAAAGUUAGUCAUGGGGCGUGGCCUAUUUGAGGUGGGUGUGGUCUCAACCUGCUAGUGGUCUCUUUGCUCUGUCAUCCUAUCCAGAGUUUGAGUGCACCUCAAAUAUAAUACUUUGUUCAAAUACAAUAUGUUUUUUUUUUAGUUCAUACAACUGAAUCAGGAUAUUAUGAUAAUGAAUCAGACAUCCAGCCUAUCAGCAUCCAGCAGAAGGUACUCUUCUUAAAGGAACAGUCCAAUAUUUGGAUUAUCUCUAUAUAAAUGGUUAGCUUAGCUUAGCAUUAAGCCUGGACGUGUAUAGAAACAGCUAGCGUAUGUUCCACAGUAAACUAAACUGUGAUUAUUUUAAAGUUUUUUUUUGCAUACAUGAACACAAGUCAUUUGAUGGCAGGUUUAUCAACAUGUAGGUAUUUAUGUUGUGAUUUGUCUUCUUAUAUAAAAAUCGAAAU